AUGGAACAAGAUCUAACAGUUCCUGAAGGCAAAAAGCGUGAUCAAGAUGAUCUCGCCAAGGAAGCACACGAACACGAUGAACCAACAGCUGGUGUCGGUUCCUUUAUGGAGCGUCAGUUCAAUCUCACAGAUCGUGAGGCCAUGCCGCCAGCAAAGAAACAGAAGAUCUCCGAGAACGACAACGAUGCGACCAAACACAAGGCAACGUUCAAGGGCGGCAAAGGCGGCGUGAUUGGUGAGUAUCUCAGGGAACAGCAUGACCAGGGCGCUCGCGAAGCAGGACCUCCCGCGGCAAUCGAUCUCACAGCAGAGGACGAUGAGAUCGAAGUGGUGUCUGUCAAGUCGACUGCCCAGGAUCCCAAGCGCGAAAUCUGUCUCGGUUCAAUCAGUGCAAAGAUCAUGGCACACAAGGUUCCUGCCGCGAACAGAACUCUCAGCAGGUACUCCGAGAACUGGCCACCAGCCAAGAUGCAGCUGCAACCCAGAGUCGGCCAGGAAAAGACGUAUCUCGCAAUCGACGGCAAGGGUGUCGAGUUUGGCAAGCUAGACAUCAUCACCGCUGCCGCCAUUGCACCUCUACUCAAGAGCGCCUCCAUCAAGUUACGCCUCGCACCACUCCUGAAGGAACGUCCCAAGGAGGCUGGCGAAGAGCCUGGACACUCGAUAUCGAAAUCUCUGGACAUUUCCAUCACUCUGUACAGCGUCGCCGAUGCUGCCAAAGGAAUCGGAAGACAUCUCAGUCAACGCCAGAUCUUCUUGUACAAGCCGCUCAUUGUCCCACACGGCACUGAGGUCCUCAAUCCUCAUGUUCCCAACUACAACGUCGUUCCAAAGACCAUCACCGCGACCGUGGCAGCUCAAAGCAGUGGUUACCGAGUUCGUACGACCGAGGAGAUCAAGAGCGAUGUUCUUUCGAUGUUUGACAGACUCGGAAAGACAGAGGAGCUCCCCGAAGCUGAGUCCGAUUCCACACUUGUCAAGACGGAGCUCAUGCAGCAUCAAAAGCAAGCUCUCUGGUUCUUGACUAAGCACGAGACUCUCACACCACCUGAAGAGGAUCCUCUCUGGAAAUUCGCAGUUCGUAAGGACGGUAGUAGAGCUUGGUACAACGUGAUCACAGGCGAUGAGCUGAAGAAAGUCAGCCCUAUUCUGGGUGGUCUCCUGGCUGACCAGAUGGGUUUGGGUAAAACACUCAGCAUUCUCUCCUUGAUUUGUGCGACUCUCGAAGAGGCCAGGGCUUUUGGCGAUGGCGAUUUGGACGACACCGAUCGCGUUAACGAGGAUGUCGCUCGCCGAUCUGGUGGCACCCUGCUCAUCUGUCCCAAAUCAGUCAUCUCAAAUUGGCAAGAGCAGAUCGGCCAGCAUCUAGACAAGGUAAAGGUCAGCUACUACAUGUACCACGGCAACAAGAGAGAGCAAGAUCUCGACGUCCUCUCACAGUACGACAUUGUUGUUACUUCAUAUAGUAUCGCCGCCAACGAGUUCACCUCUUCCUCUAAGAGCUACAGCGCGCUUGCAGAGAUCGCAUGGUUCCGUAUUGUCUUGGACGAGGCACAUCAAAUCCGUAACCAAAACACCACCACCUUCAAGGCCGCAUGUGCUCUGGUUAGCAAGCGUCGUUGGGCAGUCACCGGAACUCCCGUGCAGAACAGACUCGAUGACUUUGGCGCUCUUGUCAAGUUCCUCAAGAUUUAUCCCUUCUCCGACAAGGGUGUCUUUGAGAAGCACUUUAUGGCUCCAUUCAAGUCAGGAGAUCCUCAAGUACUCGACAACCUUCGUCUGCUUGUGUCCAGCAUCACCCUCAGACGUUCAAAAGACAGAAUUGAAUUGCCUGAUCGUGUUGAAGAGAUUGUACGUCUGGACUUCACAUCCGAGGAGCAGGCUCUCUACGACGCUUUCGCCAAAGAUGCCAACAGGAAGGUUCGAGCCAUGACUCGCGGCAACGACCGCCUCAAGGGUAGAAGCUACGCUCACGUCUUGGUCAACAUCACCAGAUUGAGACUGCUAUGUGCCCAUGGAAGAGAGCUGCUCAGCGAGGAUGACAUGAAAGUGCUUCAGGGUACUUCCUACGAGACAGCAAUUGACUUGGGGGAGGAGAGUGACGCGGAAAAGCCACCCAUGAACAAGGAGCAAGUUUACGACACUUUCCAUCUCUUGCGUGAGAGCACCAUGGAUCUCUGUUCAUGCUGCAAUAACCCGAUUGAGCAGCCCGAGCCACCAGCUGGCAACGGGAGCGAAACCUCUGACAGCGAAGACGAGGUGGAGGACAUCAUCGGAUACCUCACNCCCUGCUUGCACCUGGUAUGCCCGGCUUGUGCAGACAGAUACUGGAACGAGCUCAGAACCACCCAGACUCGCGACAAUUACGCCACUUGCCCGCUAUGCGAGCAAUACGUCAAGGCCAUCCUGCAUCCAAUCAGCCAGAAGGAUGUGGACGACGAUCUCGAGGCCCGUCAAAAGAAGAAGGGCCAAGUCAAGAGCAAGAAGGGCGUUGAGUACGGCGGCCCUCACACUAAAGUCAGGGCCCUCAUCGCAGACCUCCAGCGCCACGCCCAAAAGUCAAAGGAGCUGAUCGAAAUCGGCGAGCCUCCCAUCCGCAGCGUUGUCUUCUCCGGCUGGACCUCCUACCUGGACCUCAUUGAGAUCGCCCUCAAGGACAGCAACAUCGGCUUCCUUCGCCUCGACGGCAAGCUGUCAGUCAGCGCGCGCACCGCCGUCCUCGACCGUUUCAAGACCGACCCUAACAUCUCCGUUUGCCUCGUCAGCAUCAAGGCUGGUGGCCAAGGUCUCAACUUCACCGCCGCCAGCAACGUCUUCAUGAUGGAGCCACAAUUCAACCCCGGUGUUGAGAUGCAAGCCGUCGACCGCGUGCACCGUCUCGGCCAAAAGAGAAACGUGGUCAUCAGACGCUUCAUCAUGGCAAACAGUUUCGAGGAAAAGAUUGUUGAGCUGCAGCAGAAGAAGAUUGCGCUUGCCAAUUUGGCGACUGGAGGCAAGGCUGUCAAGCAGGACGUUAAGGAGAUUUUCCAGAACUUGAUGAGUUUGUUCUGA